AUGACUCCGGAAGCACAUGCUGCUGCUUGGAAUAUUCUGAAGAGCGCAGAAUGCAUUCUGGUUCCUGGUGGUUUUGGAGAUCGUGGCGUGAGUGGAAUGGUCUUAGCAGCAAAAUACGCUAGAGAGAACAAAAUCCCUUAUCUUGGGAUCUGCUUAGGGAUGCAAAUAGCAGUAAUUGAGUUUGCCAGAUCACUUGUAAUGCUCUUCACUUGUUUACCAGUCUAG